CCCAUUUUAUAAGAAAGCUGAAUAAUUUUUUAUAUCGAGCAUGUCUCAUUUCACGAAGAAGAUACCAGGUAUAGGUAGCAAACAGGCUCUAAGUAGCCUUGGAAAUUCAAAUUCGAAACUUUCAAAAGUUUAUUCUAAUGAGUUGAAGUCAACCAAUGCAGGGAAGUUUUCAAAGGUACCAUCAUUGUACGGAUCUAAGCGGAGACAGCAAUCUCAGGUGAUAGACUCUAUUCAGUUUUUAAAGAAAUAAGUUCCAAGGUAAAGGAAACAAGGAUAAUGACCAGCUCAUGGUUAACGGAUUUGGCAAUAACUCAAGAGGAUUUAUGGAUAAAAAUAUUAAUAAUAUGCCACUAAUCAAGAAUGCUCAGAGCGUGUUCAAGGAAACAGCCACUAUUCAGCCUAAUACAAAAAUCCAUGGAUAUAACACCUCGGAUGAAACGCUUAGUUCAGACACCGGUCCUCAAGGGUUUAAUAAGAAAAUUAUGUUUAAGCCUCAGACCAUGGACUUGAACGACGAUAUCGCCAAUGCUUCCGCUAAAAGUAAGUUAGGUUCAUAUUCGAAUUUUUGACGAUUCCCGGACGAAAAAGAGAAUAGCCAGCGUCGAAGAUAGCCAGUAUACAAGAGGAGUUAGCA